AUGGGACCCGACCAGAGAUAUUCCUGGAAGUGUGUGGAGUGCAGAAGUGCGGAGCCCAAGACGAGCAAUAUAAACACGCCCGUACGCGGCCAUCACCCGGCGGGCCAUGCAAAUGUUAACGUGCACAGAGGCGCGCAAGCUCUGGUGGACCUGAGCCUCGUCGGGCCUGAGGGUGACAGCUCGGUCAUGGAGGUAUCCUACACGGACGGAAACACCACCCCGCGCGACAAUGGGCUGAAUUUGACCAGCGUCAACGACAGCCAGCUGCUGGUCACUGAACUCCGGCUCUUCCGCGAGGAGAUGCGCGCAAUGAGCCUCGAGAUCCGCGCUCUCCGCACAUCCCUGCAGAGCCUGUCAGCCAGGAUCGAUGGCUGUGAUGGGCGCAUCGACGAGCUUUGCGCUCGCGUGGAGUCCCUCGAGAGUGGGCCGCAGCAGAGUGACAGCGGAGUCAACAAAUCUCUCGCCGAAACCGUGUCGCUGCUCAGACUAGAGCUCAACGACCGCGACCAGGAGUUGUUAUUAAAUGAUAUCGAGAUAUCAAGUGUGCCGGAGACUAAUGGCGAAAAUGCGAUGCAUUUGGUAACAACUCUGGGCCAAAAGUUGGGUAUUGAACUCACCGAACACGACAUCGUCGACGCUACCCGUGUGGGGCGCGCGCCUCAGCUGCAAGAAGGUGUCCACGGGCCGGCAGCGCGGCCGCGGCCGCUCGUCGUGCGCCUGGCGCGCCGCGUCGUCAGGGACCGCCUGCUGCAGGCAGCGCGCGUCCGCCGCGGGGUCACCACGGAAGGCACCGGCAUCCCUGGCCGAACGUGUAGGUUCUACGUCAACGAGCGGCUGACUCCUCACAACCGACGUCUCCUGUACAAGGCCCGGGAGCUGAAGCAGCAGUACUCCUGGCGGUAUGUCUGGACCCGCGACGGUAAAAUCUUCGCGCGGCAGCAAGCGGGGACGGCUUCGCCUCGAUACCGCAUACGGACGGAAGCGGAUCUGGACCGUGUUUUUGGCCGAUAA